UCACAGUUCGUCAUAGUUCUUAGCAUGCUUGUUUGUAUUGGGAUAAGUGAAGCUUUUCCUGGACACGCACAUAGUUUCGCACAUUUUUACGGACCCGUAGAAGGACCAGGUCAUGAAGUUACUUACCAUGGGAAACACGGUCAUCAUAUCGAUUAUGUUGCUCAUCCUAAAUACGAAUUUUCUUAUGGCGUUGAAGAUCAUCAUACUGGAGACUAUCAUGGACAGAAGGAACACAGAGAUGGAAAAAAUGUAGCUGGUGAAUACACGAUCAAAGAACCAGGUGGUAAUACAAGAAUAGUCAAAUAUCAUUCCGAUCCGCACGGAGGAUUUUUCGCUCACGUUCACAACACCGGUGGAAAUAAUCACGAAGGUGGAACUUAUGGUGGUUAUGGUCACGGACAUUAG